ACAUACAAUGCAACAACCCAAAACCCAUCAAAGUUCAUCUCACUUCCUUGUCAUUCAUCUCCUCCUAUUCCUUCCUUUUAUCUCCCUUCAUUCCUUCCAACCUCCUCUGCAUUGAAAUAAAGGACUGAAUUUGCUGUUUGCCUGAUCUGAAAUUCAAUACCAUUGUUGCAUUUUUCACCUCUACCAGCAGCCAGAGCCAGCUGAGGCAUCAAAGUUGGGUUUUUGGCAGGGAAGUUUCACCAUAAGGAUAUUGGAGGCCAGUUAUCCAGAUAGUUACAUUGCUUGAAUCUGCUUUACAUUCUAGGAAUGGAGAUCCAAGAAGAAUAGCUUCAAUCUGAAACCAGUAAAUUACUUUCUGGGUUGGAGAAGAGAAGUCUGAUUUUCCAGGAUUUUGCAAGAAAUUAUCAAUUCACACUGAAUCUCUUUGACAUUUCUGGAAUUGGCAUAUGGGUUUUGCUAAUCUUGACAGAAUUGUGAACAUUGUAAAUGCGUAUUGAAGUGCCUGGAUCAGAUUCAAGACUUCCAAGAGGAAUCAUAAAUCUCCAAGAACAUUGUUCAAGCAGCGGCAUUAUGGAUGUGAGAUCAAGGAAUGUUUCCAUGGCAACAAAUACUAAGAAGAAUAGUAGUACUAAUCAUCACCACCAUCACCAUUAUCAUCCUCAUGUGAUCGGAGAGAAGAAGUUUGAAUUGCAUCGAACCUUAUCGUCGCAAGGGAGUGGGAAGAGAUUGAUCCCGGCAAGCUAUUUCAGCUUGGAGUCAUUGGUUUUGCUAAUAUGUUUAACAGCUUCAUUGUUGAUCCUUCCAUUGAUUCUUCCACCUUUGCCUCCUCCACCUCUCAUGUUGCUUCUGGUUCCUAUAGGGAUACUUGUGGUGCUCAUGAUCCUGGCUUUCAUGCCUUCUAAUGUUAGGGAUAUUACUUAUGCAUAUGUGUAAAUGGUGUUUUAGAUUUACUCAUGCACCUUCUUCUUCUUCUUCUUUCAUACCAUAUUUUGUAAUUUUGUUUGUUGAUUAACUUUACUUAAUGGAAUUAUUAGUCAAUUGAGAUUUUAAGGUU